AUGCAACUGGAGAAGCGUUUGGGCAGGGAUGACAAAUUACGUGAGGCAUACUGCGCUUUCCUGGAAGAGUACGAGGCCCUGGGUCAUAUGCAACUGGUAUCAAGAACGGAAAUAACAGAAAGUCGGUGCUACCUCCCACAUCAUCCUGUUGUGAAGGAGGAUAGUACAACCACAAAGGUGAGGGUUGUUUUUGACGCCUCGGCUCAAACAACCUCAGGACUGUCCCUCAACGAUGGGUUGCUCGCAGGUCCUGUAAUUCAGGAUGAUUUGAGGUCUAUAAUACUGCGAAGCCGAACUCGUCAGAUCAUGCUAGUGGCCGACAUAGAAAAAAUGUUUCGGCAGAUACAAGUCUGCCCCGAGAAUUGCCGUUUCCAGUCUAUUUUGUGGAGGUCGCGUGCAGACGAACCAUUAUCUACCUAUGAGCUUCGUACCGUUACAUAUGGCACGAAACCAGCGCCUUUCUUAGCCACAAGGACUUUGGUUCAACUGGCUACGGAUGAGGAGGAAAACUUCCCACUAGCGUCGAAGGCUAUAAAAGAAGACUUCUAUAUGGACGACGCUAUAACAGGAGCAGAUGAACCGAUCGUUGCGAAGAAGCUUAGAAUUGAACUGGAGGAGUUAUUGAGGAAGGGAGGAUUUGUCCUACGAAAGUUCGCUUCCAACUCUGAGACAGUCCUAGAGGAUCUAGCUGUAGAAAAUCGUUCAAUCCAAACAAUCGAUGGAAUUCAACGGUGA